UUUCCCACCAUCCUUCGCGGCUAGCAGCAGCGCAGACCCGCUGGCUAUUUGACGUUAGCUGAGAAUUCAACAACACUUUUCAGUCCCGAAUAAAAUUUAACUUCGCUACCAUGAAAGAUGUUAGCGGGUACCUCAAACAGCAGCAGAGUAACAGCUCCACGCCGGAGAUGGCGGCGGAGUGGCACAAUCUGGAAGAUUUGUACAACAAAAGAUUGUGGCAUCAGUUGACUCUGAAGCUGACAGACUUUGUCAAAGAUCCCUGCUUCAAAACAGGAGAUGGCCUCAUACAGCUCUAUGAAAAUUUCCUCAGCGACUUCGAACACAGAAUCAAUCCUUUGUCCCUGGUGGAGAUUAUACUGUAUGUUGCCAGACAGAUGCCAGAUCCUAAAGAUGCCAUCACUUUUCUCGAGAAGACCAAGGAAAAGGUGAAAAGCAGCGAAGAAGCCGUCAUUCUCUGCAAGACGUCUAUCGGCAGUCUCAAACUGGAGAUCAACGAUCUUCCCGCCACAAAGAAAAUCAUUGAGGAGGUUGAGGAAAUGUUGAAUAACUUGCCCGGGGUGACGUCAGUCCACGGACGGUUUUACGACCUCUCCAGCAAAUACUAUCGCAUCAUUGGGAACCACGCCUCCUACUACAAGGACGCCCUGCGCUACCUCGGAUGUGUGGACAUUAAAGACCUUCCAGAAACGGAGAAGCAGGAGAGGGCUUUCACGCUCGGACUGGCCGGACUCUUGGGAGAAGGAGUUUACAACUUCGGGGAGCUGCUGAUGCAUCCUGUGCUGGAGUCUCUGAGGAACACGGACAAACAGUGGCUCAUUGAUACACUUUACGCCUUCAAUGGAGGCAAUGUGGAGAAAUUCCAGGGCUUCAAGUCUGCCUGGGGCCAACAGCCUGACCUCGCAACACAUGAAGCUAAACUGAUGCAGAAGAUCCAGCUGCUGUGUGUCAUGGAGAUGACUUUCACUCGUCCUGCAAACCACAGACAGCUGACCUUCACCGAGAUCGCCCAGAGUGCCAAAAUCCCUGUUAAUGAGGUGGAGCUCCUGGUGAUGAAGGCUCUGUCUGUGGGCCUGAUCAAAGGCAACAUCGAUGAGGUGGACCAGAAGGUGCAGAUGACCUGGGUGCAGCCCAGAGUGCUGGACCUGCAGCAGAUCAAAGGUAUGAAGGAGCGGUUGGACUUCUGGUGUGGCGAUGUGAAGAACAUGGCCAUGCUGGUGGAGCAGCAGGCCCACGACAUCCUCACCUAAACAGGUUUCCGAUUCAGUCCACAGAAGGAAACCUCAACUCUUCCCUCACUUUUCUGUUUUGAAUUGUUUUUGUUUUUUUUCUUUCUACCGGUUGUUCAUUCUUUUGUUACUGUCGCUGUUCCUUACCAACCUUUAAAUUACACUGUGGUAUUUUAAAAAUAAACGCUCGGUUGUAACAUUGUCCUCAGAAUAUGGACUGAAGAAAUUGUCUAAAUCAUUAAUAAAAUCUCCACAAAAGUACAA